GAGGCGCGGAGUAUUCAUAUUCAUCAUAACUAAAUAUAUCUGCUGCGUUUAAAUCUCACCUGUAGGCAAUUCUCUUCUCGCCAACUACAUAUCCCAGCAUGCAACGAUGUUUGUUUGGGCAAGUGGACGUAGAGCUUUUAGUUUGUGCGCUCUCUCCAGUGGCACAGAGCAGCGUGGAGAAUCUGGGAACUUCAAUAAAUUAACUCCAUGCAUUGUGGCACUUAAACGAACAAAAACAAGCCAAAUUUUAGAAGAUUUUUUUUUUAUUGCAAUGGGGAAUGGGAUUAAUAAGGUCCUCCCUGACUUGUACUUGGGAAAUUUCCGAGAUGCAAGAGACAGAGAACAAUUAGCCCGAAACAACAUUACACACAUUCUGUCCAUUCAUGACAAUGCAGCUCCUUUACUCCCGGAGAUGACCUAUCUUUGCAUUUCAGCAGCGGACCUGCCAACACAGAACCUAAUUCAGCACUUCAAACAAAGCAUCAGGUUCAUUCACGAGUCUCGUCUUAAAGGGGAAGGCUGCCUAGUACACUGUCUGGCCGGAGUGUCCCGCAGCGUGACUCUGGUGGUGGCGUACCUCAUGACGGUGAGCGGGUUGGGCUGGCAGGACGCUCUGGCCGUGGUCAGAGUGGUCCGGCCCACCGCUGGCCCAAACGUCGGCUUCCAACGGCAGCUCCAGGAAUUCCAGGACAAACAGGCAGAACAGUUCAGGGAAUGGUUCUACACGGAGUAUAAGGACAACCCACUAAACAACGAGGCUGAUAUUAGAGACUUAUUAUUGAGAGUGCCCAAAGUGAAUGGUGAAGUCCAAGAAGAGACCACAUCUGAACAAAUAUGACUUCACACAUGACUGAGAUGCAGCAAAAAAACUACUCUCACAAUGAACUCAGCGGAUGGACUCACAGCAUUACAAAGAACAACGUUAUUUAUUCUGUGCAAAUUGUAUCUAUUUGUCAUUGUAUAAUAUAUUUGUUAAGAAAAAGAGGUUUUGAGUGUGUUGUGUUUUGUGGGGGCUUCCAUGCUGAACGUGAUAAGGCUGUGUGCACCUCUGUCUGCUGGUGCUUCCUGUUUAUCUUAUGUGCUUGAGAAUUCAUGCAUGACAUCUACAAAAUACUGUACAGUCUUAAAUGUUCUGUUAAUUCAAUCAUUUGGUAUGGACAAAUAUAUGUUUACAUUAAAAGUAUAGGCUAAGAGUACACAUAAACAUCACUGUGACCGGUAAUAGCAAUAGACUAUAAUAUAGAACUGUAUAUACCAGUAGUACUUAUACUACUACUACUACUAUAUAGUCUAUGGUAAUAAGCUUUAAUGUAUCAUGUUUAAAAUGUCCCAGCACUGCACCAAGAAUAAAAGACCAAGACUAAAGAAAUUACUGGUUCUGUUAUGGCAAUUCAAUUUCAUGUGUAAAUCAUGGUUGAUUUAAGGACCUUGCAGCGAAUGCUA